AUGAUUGCAUGUAAUAGUGAAACAUACAAUGUUCCAAAGGAAGGAAGGAAGGUUGUAUUUGCUAUUAUAAAUGAUGCUUGGAGACGAUACAAAUGUUUUCUUAAAAGGAAUCAUUUUAGUAAGUAUAAAAGCUUGCGCGAGCAGCUAAAAAAUCGUCCACGAGAGGUACCAGAAGAAGAUUUUAGAAAGUUAUUGGAUUAUUGGAGAGAUAAAAAAACUCAAGAAGUCAGUCAUCAAAAUGCCGAAAAUAUAGCUCAACUAAAAUGGAGACAUCGAGUGGGGAAUAAAGCCUUUGCUGUUAUAAGAGAAAAAAUGCGCGAAAGUAAUGAAGAUAAAGAACCUCCAACGCAGGCUGAAAUGUUCAUUGCUACUCGACAAAGUAGAAAAGGAAAGGAGUUGGAUCAAGAAACUAACCAUGCAAUAAUAAAGCUUCAAGACUUGAUUGAAAAUCAUGGACAACCUUCUUCAGAAGCUUUUGAAAGUGUAUUUGGAAAACAAAAACCUGGAAGAAUGUGUUGCCAUGGAAGAACCACAACACCGACUCUCUUGAAAAGAAAUGAAGAAAUUGCCAAACUAAAAAAAGAGCAUGCGGAUGAGAUUAGACAAUUUAAUGAUAAGAUACAAGAAAUUGAGGAGAAACGUCUUCAAGAUAAGGAAGAAAUGGAAAGAAAAAUGCAACUGCUUCUUAAGACCAUUUUGAAUCAAAACACCUCAAAGUUGAAUAUAGAGGCUCUCGCAGCUCUGAUAUCAGCUCCUGCAACCGAUGCUAACAGUGUCUUAUGUUCUUCUGCAUCAACACAUGCUCCAACUAAUGAUCAAAUCAUGAAUGAUAAUAUCAAUGAAGAUUUCCAGUCAUUCGAUGAUGAAGAGACGUAG